AAUGUUUUGGACUUUCCUUCAUAGAUGCAAGUUGCAGCUCCAACUAACAGAUCUGUAUGAUCAGUUCGACAGCUUAGACAAGCAUACACAAUGGGGAAUUGACUUCUUGGAAAGAUAUGCCAAAUUUGUUAAAGAGAGGAUAGAAAUUGAACAGAACUAUGCGAAACAAUUGAGAAAUCUGGUUAAGAAGUACUGUCCCAAACGUUCCUCCAAAGAUGAAGAGCCAAGGUUUACCUCGUGUAUAGCCUUUUUUAACAUCCUUAACGAGUUAAAUGACUAUGCAGGACAGCGAGAAGUAGUAGCAGAAGAAAUGGCGCACAGAGUUUAUGGUGAAUUAAUGCGAUAUGCUCAUGAUCUGAAAACUGAGAGAAAAAUGCAUCUUCAAGAAGGACGAAAAGCUCAACAGUAUCUUGAUAUGUGCUGGAAACAGAUGGAUAAUAGUAAAAAGAAAUUUGAAAGAGAAUGUAGAGAGGCAGAAAAGGCACAACAGAGUUAUGAAAGAUUGGAUAAUGAUACUAAUGCAACCAAGGCAGAUGUUGAAAAGGCCAAACAGCAGUUGAAUCUGCGUACACAUAUGGCUGAUGAAAACAAAAAUGAAUAUGCGGCGCAAUUACAAAACUUUAAUGGAGAACAACACAAACAUUUCUACGUAGUGAUUCCUCAGAUUUACAAGCAACUACAAGAAAUGGAUGAACGGAGGACUAUUAAACUGAGUGAGUGUUACAGAGGAUUUGCAGACUCAGAACGCAAAGUUAUUCCUAUCAUUUCAAAGUGUUUGGAAGGAAUGAUUCUCGCCGCAAAAUCAGUUGAUGAAAGAAGAGACUCUCAAAUGGUAGUAGACUCCUUUAAGUCUGGAUUUGAACCUCCAGGAGACUUUCCAUUUGAAGAUUACAGUCAACAUAUUUAUAGAACCAUUUCUGAUGGGACUAUCAGUGCAUCCAAACAGGAAAGUGGGAAGAUGGAUGCCAAAACCACAGUAGGAAAGGCCAAGGGCAAGUUGUGGCUCUUUGGAAAGAAGCCAAAGCCACAGUCCCCACCCUUAACCCCUACUAGUUUAUUCACAUCCAGUACUCCUAAUGGGUCCCAGUUUCUCACAUUCUCCAUUGAGCCCGUGCAUUAUUGUAUGAAUGAAAUAAAAACAGGGAAGCCCAGAAUUCCUUCUUUCAGAAGUCUCAAAAGAGGGUGGUCGGUGAAGAUGGGCCCAGCACUGGAAGAUUUCAGUCAUCUGCCACCAGAACAGAGACGUAAAAAACUACAGCAACGCAUCGAUGAACUUAAUAGAGAACUACAAAAAGAAUCAGACCAAAAAGAAGCACUCAACAAAAUGAAAGAUGUGUAUGAGAAAAAUCCACAAAUGGGGGAUCCAGGGAGUUUGCAGCCUAAAUUAGCAGAGACCAUGAAUAACAUUGACCGCCUUCGAAUGGAAAUCCACAAGAAUGAGGCUUGGCUCUCAGAAGUUGAAGGCAAAACAGGUGGGAGAGGAGACAGAAGACAUAGCAGUGACAUAAAUCAUCUUGUAACACAGGGACGAGAAAGUCCUGAGGGAAGUUAUACUGAUGAUGCAAACCAAGAGGUCCGUGGGCCACCCCAACAACAUGGUCAUCACAGUGAGUUUGAUGAUGAAUUUGAAGACGAUGAUCCCUUGCCUGCUAUUGGACACUGCAAAGCUAUCUACCCUUUUGAUGGACAUAAUGAAGGUACUCUGGCAAUGAAAGAAGGUGAAGUUCUGUACAUUAUUGAGGAAGACAAAGGUGAUGGCUGGACAAGAGCUCGGAGACAGAACGGUGAAGAAGGCUACGUUCCCACCUCAUACAUAGAUGUAACUCUAGAGAAAAACAGUAAAGGUUCCUGAAGAGGGUUUCUGAGGAAAUGGGCAAGAUGUUGAAGGAGGUUACAUGCAGCUGCUCUUAGGGGGAGGGUACUAGAGUUUCAGGCUCAAACAGAGAGUGAGAGACGCAAGCUGCAUGAGUGCAUGCAGACAUUUUUUUUUUUUUUACUAACUUCAUUAUCAUUUCCAUACAUUUUUUAAAAAAUCAUUGCAAUACCAAUCCUUAAAUUCCUUAUUUACAAUUAUUCACAUAAAGGGAAAAAAGCUGAAAAUGGCUAACAUUUUUUUCCAUUUCUUUUACUGAUGUCUAAAUGAGAAAGAAUGCAGAGCUCUCAUUAAAUAUGUCUUCUCUUUGACUGUCCCCAACAGGACUGUCUUUCCCAGCUCUGUUCUAAAUUGGCUUUUAGACCCGUUGUCUGUUAGAACCCUCGCCAUUUGUCAGUGUCUGCCUGCGCCACCUCUGUGCUUGCUUAACAUCCUGUUGCAUGUCUAGAGUGAUUGGGCUAGAUUUUUCAGGCAUGUCUUUAUAAUCCCUUGUUCUUGUCAAAGCCUUUGUUUUACAUUUGUAGUGCAAAGUCACUUUGUCAGACAUCUCCAAGCACUAAUGUUUCCAUCCUAGUAUUCGUGUUCGCUGCUAUAACUUCCCCACUACAACAAACAUUCCAGUUUUGGCAUUAUGAAGAAGUAGUUUGUGAACCUGAACUAUCUGUGAUAAGAAAAAGAAAACAUCUCUGCUCUGGCCUACAGCCCGGUUGAAAGAACUCUGAAACAUGAUCCAUCUUCACCUCAGUCUGGGAAGAAUCUAUAGUCAGCACUGAAAUCCUGGCAUAAUAAACACACAAGAUACUCACCACCUCAAGACAGAGGACUGUUGUCAGAAGUCAGCUGCUUCCAUUCAAAUGCUGCCUUAAACUAGAGUGCCUAAAUCUGUUGAUUGCCAACACACCACUGCAGUAUCCCACAAAGGGCUUUAUGUGUCAGCUCAGUGCGACCUCCUUUAACUCGGCAGCGCUGCCGCGGAUGCCAGUGUAGCCUUGGUAGGUGGCUGUUAGAGCGCUACCAUGUGUGAUGGUGCAUCUUCAAAUUUAUGCAUCAGACUAAAGACAUGUCCAAGUCCAUUUUACUUUACUCACUGUUUUUAUGAGAAGUUUUAUGGACUCUCCCUUCCCUCCCAGUUGUGUUUUAAUUUGGGGUGACCAUAUUCUUAUUAUUAAAAUGAUAGUCUGUUUCCAAGUGAUGCUUUUGUUUAAACCAGAUAAGAUUUAGUGAAACUUUGUAAUGAUCUAUGUGCACUUUUACUUGUACAAUGGAAAUUCCUGUAUGUUUAUACUUGUAAAUAUAAUUGUCGUUAGUGCGCCUGUUGCUCAUGUUGUCCUGCCUCGCAUUUGUGAUUCUGUUAAUGACUUGUAUCUUAACUAAUUUCUUAGUGGUGUUUAAUAGGGAGAUGGGCUUGGGUGGGGGGAUAUUUGUACCACAGAAGCUUCAUUAAUUUUGUUCUUUACUGUUUUGAGGGAAGAAAACGUGAAAUGGGUCUGUGUAUUACUGGAUUUUAAGCAAUAUUUUAGAAGCUGUGUGACCGCUUUAAUAAUUUUUUCCCAGUGUUAUUUGAAUCCUACUUACUACCAGUUAUACUAAAGCUGAAUGACAAUUGUGUGAAGGUUAAUGCCUUCAUAAGAUCAAGUGCACCCCUGUUACACAGCUGACAUACAGUGUAUUACCUUUGAGGCUAGUAAACUAUGAAGCUUAGAUUUUGAAUCUCUUUACAGGGUUAUUUAUAUAAUGUGACAUUAUUCAAUACUGACAGACUACAUAAAGUAGUUUUAAAACCUAGUGCUAUUUUUAUUUUAAAGGUUAGCAGUGAGGAGGAAAUGUGAUCUGGCUGUGUUUGUCCUCUGUACAAAGCCUGAAGUGCUUGUGUUUUUUUGGCUGAGGGCCACAGAGGGCAAAGUUUAAGACUUUCUUGUAAGGACUAACUGUUCUUUUCAGGCUACUGUUUGUUUUUCUCAAAGCAGGCUUUGCUUCCAUAGGAGGCAAGGUCCUUCACGUGGAAUAGUGCAACCUGUAUGUACAUGGGUUACUACAGUAAGACACACAUUUGUACUUGCACAGUUUAAAUCAUUCUUAAAUCAUUCUUAAAUUUUGAACAUGUGAAUUGUCCAAAAGAAAUCUUUAAUUUUUCAGUAAUUUUUACUCUUUUUGUGCACAUGUUGAUUUCUUAAUGGUAAAUGCUUUGUUUAAGAUAGUGUUCUCUGUUGAGAAUAUUUUCAUGGAAUAAAACAAUCUUUUCAUGGUCAGUUAAGGUGUAUAGUGUGUUAUCUCUUACUCCCAUAUGAUCUAAACAGAUGUCAUGAUUUUGUUCUUGAGCGUGCUAAAUGCCUGAUGAUACAAAGUAGAUGACAAGGCUCCAUAAGUGGAAGCAUCCAUGUUGAGUGACUUUUUUGCAAAGUAGUUUUGGAAAUUUUUAGUUUUAGUUUCUUUCAAGCUUUCCUAAAGGUAAAAACAAACAACAACAACAACAAAACAAAGCUGUUUCUUCAGAGUAAAUAUAAAUUGAAUGUGGCAAUUUGGAUUUUUAUCUUUAUUCUGUAGCUAUGUUGCACAAACUUUCCUUUUAAACCAUCUUCUCCUCUGCGUCCAUAAGUGACCCUUUGCCACAUGCCUCAGUCUCCCCACAUGCUGAACAGCAUUUACUGUGCUUCUGCUUGAAUUCCUGGUCAGAGAGCACCUGGUCUUCCUGGGCUUUCAGAGCUCGGGGAGGCAUUGUUUGCCACAAUUAGUGCCACACCUGCUGUUUUAGGUAGUCUUAAUUUCAGAAGAGUCAGCUUUUUAAAGGGGCAAAUAUGACGAUUUGCUUCUAGACUAUGACUAUUAACUUCUAGAAACCCCAAAAUAGUAUAAAACUCAGGGUUGAUCCUGAACAAGGAGGGGAUGCAGUUGUUGCAAUUAAUAGAGAUCUGUGCCAAGCUUGGAAGUAGCAGGAAAACUGUCAACAACAAAAACUCAAAACAAUGAAAAGGGCUUUUACUAUCAGAACUGAGAUCAGGGAAGUCAAAUCCAACUUGCUAGGGAAAGAUAACAUCCCUGUAACAAUCUUUAGAGGAAAAUAAUCUCCAGAUUUGUUGGUAAGGAUAGAUUUUCUUUGUGAGAAGCUAUUAUAGUUUAGAUGAAAAAAUGCUAAAGAAACACCAAGCCUGUUUCAGUGAGCUCAUCUACCUGGGGUCAAAUCCAUUUCUGAAUAUAGUUACUGUGAGUUAGAAACUACAGAAAAUAGAAGAGGUGCCAAAAGAUUAGAGAUGGGAAAAUACAAAAGGUGAGUAAAUUCUGAGAAGUUUAACAACUUUUAAAAGUACUUGACGAUUUUGUCAGCAUUAGGAAAAACGGAUGGGCAACUGACCUAGAUCCUAAUAACGGCCACAUCAAAUUAGCCUCAUUUUUUUUUCUAGUUGCAGCUGGGAAACUCAGUGGACACAAAUGUCUUGAUUUCAGCCCAGUUUCAGCAUUUGGCAGGAUUUCUUGUAAGAUGGUGAAAGCAUUGUUAUAGAAAAUGGAUGCUUGCAAUAAAGUUGACUCGGUAAACCCAGACUGUCAGCCCUGAGGAAAACUUGUGGAAAAUAUGUGUAUGUUAUGAACCAUAAAUAAAAAAUGUAAAUCUGUCA